AUGACGGAGGCAAAGGCAGCACUCGCAGGUGGAAGGAAAUCUCCAGAUUUGCAGGCCGAGUUGCUUCUCAGCUGUGGGCGGGAGCGUGGACUGCGCGGGCCCGGCGCAAAGGCCCCCGGCUUCCCCUGGUCCCGGGCUUCCCGCCCCCGGCCCGGGCCCCGCCUCGCCACGUGCGGCCGCGGGCUGAUAAAUGGCUUCCGCGCCCCGCGCGCGUCGUCGGACUCAGCGGCAGCUCGAUUCGCGCUGGCUCUUUCCUUCGAUUCCGAACCCCCUACAGUGAGCCCUCCGUCCAUGGAGGGGGAAGAGACGUACCUGGAGCUCUACCUGUCCCGGUGCGCCGCCCAGGAUGACCUUGCUCCACCCAGAUCACCCCUGCUCAGCCCAGCUGUGCCUUAUGAUGUGUACACAUCCAAUCCAGAGACUACGUUUAAUUCACAGCUUGAAGAAGUCACAGUAACAUCUGGCAAUUUCUCAUCUGUGGAUCUUAGCUUCCUACCAGAUGAGCUUACCCAGGAAAAUAAAGACCAGACUGUCAUUAGAAGCAAGCAUGAAACUGAAGAAAAUUGUAAAACUAAAAGUUGGCAAAGUAGGUUGCCAUUACCCAGCCAACAGGGCGUUGGCCUGGCCUUAAACAGCAGCGGUGGGUCAAAUUCCCAUUCACAUCUCCACCCUGGUGAUGCUGACUCAGCCCAGCCCUCUCCUGAGAAACCACACUCCUUGCCUCUGGCAUCCAUAACUCCCAUGACACCAGUGACCCCUGUUUCAGAAUGUUCUGGAAUUGUGCCUCAACUACAGAAUAUAGUUUCCACUGUAAACCUGGCCUGUAAAUUGGAUCUGAAGAAAAUAGCUUUGCAUGCAAAAAAUGCAGAAUAUAACCCAAAGAGGUUUGCCGCCGUCAUAAUGAGGAUCCGAGAGCCCAGGACCACAGCCCUCAUAUUUAGCUCUGGGAAAAUGGUCUGCACAGGAGCCAAAAGCGAAGAGCAGUCUCGACUUGCGGCAAGAAAGUAUGCUCGUGUGGUGCAGAAGCUGGGCUUUCCCGCCAGAUUCCUCGAUUUUAAAAUUCAGAACAUGGUUGGAAGCUGUGAUGUGAGAUUUCCUAUUAGGCUGGAAGGUUUGGUGCUAACCCAUCAGCAGUUCAGUAGUUAUGAACCUGAACUGUUCCCUGGCCUUAUUUACAGAAUGGUAAAACCACGAAUUGUGUUGCUUAUCUUUGUAUCUGGAAAAGUUGUGUUGACAGGUGCCAAAGAACGUUCUGAGAUCUAUGAAGCAUUUGAAAACAUCUAUCCUAUUCUAAAGGGUUUUAAAAAAACCUGA